UGGGACAGCAGGAAUCAAGCAUCUGGGGUCGCGCUCACAUAUACUGUAUUAAACUGAUGCGCACUAAUGCGCACACUGGCACAUCUGACGCGCGCCUUUGGUUACGCUUCUAUCAUGGUGAUACGCGUUUGAAUCGAGGAUUAUUAUUUUAGAAAGACUCCGAUCGUGAGUAUAACGGACAUCAGCUGCUAGUGCGUUUGACAGUUUGUAAUUGCCCCCUUGUUUGUAUGUUGUAUGAAAUCAUUGCUCUUCGGACACCUCUUACGCAUUAGAAAGCUUUCGAUAUCGCACAAGUUUGUAGCUGGAAUUGAUUUUCGGACACGUCGUUUUGGAGAUUUCUAUCUGUCGGACGGUGGUCCUCUUGUAUGGAUGUAGUGGCUCGGACUGAGUCGGACCGAUCCGGGGGUUCCAGACGCGCUUCCCCGAGAUUCCCCAGCAGCAUCACCGUCCAGCCGAGCGCAUCCAGCAGCAGUCGACAUGAUCCUUCUGGGAAUACUUCUAAAUCUGUUCGUCAUUAAGGGGGCUGUUCCCUCUGUGGUGCCAGUGUUCCCCGGGACUGUGGACUGCAUAGAGGCUGUAAAUGAAUGUAUGGUGGACCCAGAGUGUAAGCGGCAGUUCAGGCACCUGGAGUACUGCGUGGACGAGGAGGCGGUGGCUCCCCUCAGUCUGGAGGGACGGCAGGCCUGCGUCGACGCCCAGAACAACCUCAUGCACUAUCAGAACCUGCAAGAAUGCAAGUGUCAGCGAGGCUCUCGCUUGGAACAACAGUGCCUGAGCGUUUACUGGACCGUCCGUUUUCCACAAGGUUAUGAUGACAUUGAGACGUCCCCAUAUGAAGACAUUGAACUGGAACUUGUGAGAAAUAGCGAAACAUCAAAACUAGCCUCAAUAGUUUCAGUGUCCUCCCUUCCUCUGACGGAUCAGAACCAGUGUCUGAAAGCAGCUCAGGACUGUGGGUUGUACGAAAAGUGCGGUUCUCUGCGCUCUGAGUACGCGCUAGCUUGCACUAAGAUCAUACCUGGCACGAACCACUGUAACCGGCACAAAUGUCACCGGGCCCUGCGGAGGUUCCUGGAGCGUGUUCCAGAGGAGUACAGCUUUGGUGUUUUAUUUUGUCCCUGUUCGGAUACUCUGUGUGGGGAGAGGAGGAGAAAAACCAUCGUGCCCUCCUGUUCCUAUGAGGAGCGAGACGGACAGCCCAACUGCCUCAAUCUGGAGAGUUACUGCCUCAAAGACAACCUGUGCAGGUCAAGAUUGGCUGAUUUCCAGCAGAACUGUCAGCCGUCUUCUCUCUCUUCCUCCGGCUGUCUCCGGGAAAGUGGAGCCGUGUGCCUCAAGGCCUACGCUGGGCUCAUCGGUACCAUCAUGACACCAAACUACGUGAGUAACAGCAGUACAGAGGUGUCGCAGUGGUGUAAUUGCGAAGGCAGCGGGAAUCAGUGGCAGGACUGUCUGCGAAUCCUGCACAUGUUCAACAGCAACACCUGCCUGCGUAAUGCCAUUGAUAACAUGGGAAGCUCCACCCCUCGUCCAGUAGAAGGCACGCCCCUUCCUCCUCCUCGCCCCUCCCCUCAGGUCCAGCGCGAUGAGCUUAACAUCAACACGCUGCCUGAACCCAAUGCAGUGAUCGAAAGUGAAGAAGAUGAGGAGGAAGAAGAGGAGGAGGAGGAGGAGGAGGAAGAAGACCAAACCGGAGGAGGAGGAGGGUUCAACAUCAUCCCUCCGUUCUCAGACAAGGCGACAGUCACUAAUCUGGGCUCUGAGGCUGGAAGAGUCCACAGCUCGGCCUCCACCUUCUCCAUCCCUCAUUUCCUACUCGCGGCCCUGCUGCUGAUUGCCCUCCGCUGGGGGUAGAAACCCUCACUCACACACACACACACACACCUACACACACACUCUUACACAACACACAAACACACUUCCUCCUGAAGUACUCGCUCACAUCCAGACUCUACCAUCGAGGGACCGACAAGAACGACAGAUCGAAGUGCGAAACGAGCGGACAACUGUUCUAUCCCUCUUUCCUUCUUUCAUUCAUUCUUUUUCUCCUUCUCGGGAAGAGGGUCUGCUAUAGAUAUAGCUGCUUGUUCAUUAGGGAACCGCUUUCUGAAUGGGAUUCCCUGCCUGAAUCAUUUGAAUCACACAGAAGAUUCACGACUCCUCGGACUGACAGAAGCCGACGGUGAACGAAUGAUUUGGUCUUGCCAUGUAUCUAUUGUAUAAUGUCAGUGUGCUUCAGAAAAGCGAGUUAAACCAGGAAAGCGUUGGCUUUCCUUGGGUUCGGAAAACCCGCUGUGUUUAUUGUCGCUGAUCAUGUCGUCGUAUAUGAAAUGAGACAAAAUGUAUGUGUUUGUAAGUACGUGAUUCGCUUGACACGAGAGCAAAAAACCUGUCGAGCACGAUUUCCGAAUCUUCCCGUUUCACACGCCUCCGUGUCUCUGGAAUCAGGCCGCACACCUAAUCACACACACACGCCUCUGCCCUGCUGCGGAGCCGAUCGCGCAGAUGCAAGCGGUUUUCAUUUAUUGCUCUAUCUGCGAUGUGCUUUCAUUUUUUGACUCAGCACAGACUGUGCACUCUAACCAGGGGCAUAAAUAAGAAAACACGUCCGCGAACAGAAAAAAACAUGAGUAAUAAAGCCGAAAAUAAAGAAAUAAACACACUAAAUAAAUAAAUAUAUCGUGGCACAGCAGGUGUUGGAGUCCGGUCUGGGUUUAGAACCCGAGGGGAAGAAACAGGAAGUCAUUUUCCAACCGCCUGUCGCCUGGUACCUCUCCCUGUGCCUGUUGUUUUACUUUCACAGAGAUAAUGGCUUACAACACAAACUGUUUAUCUUGUUGUGUGUUCACGGGGACGAAUUACUCGUGAUGGGAACGAAAUAGAAAAAAGAGAUCAAGGGAAGGAACAGACGGAGACGGGGAGAGACUCAAACCCUCCAGCGAAGAGAAAAAACAUACAGUCUAGAAUCACAUGCUUUUUCUGUUUCUUAUAAAUCUUUUGCUGACACCGAUGCUUUUUUCUCAAUCUCGUUUCUUUUCCUCGCUCUCGUGCAUGUCCAUCCGUGGAAGUGAGAGAGAGAACAUGGGUGCAGUCGUACUGGAUUCGAUCGAGAACUUACUUCUCGACCGUUGAUGGAGUAUGUUCAGUAGGUAUGUAGUAAAAUUACAAGAUUCGGUGCCUCGCAGAAUCCUAUUCCCCUUGGACCGCAAGUGGCAGCCCACUGUAAUGCCUGUUCAAAAACAUGACACAUCAUCACAAUAUUAUCUAGAUAAUCAGAAAUUAUUUGACAUAAUGUCUAGUGUUGUCAAACGAUUAAUCACGAUUAAUCACUUGACAGCACUAAUAAUGUUAUUUCUUUAACUUUUCAGUUGCUAAGAAUUUUGGCUGGAAACAAUUAAAAACAACUAUUCAUAUAGAUAUAUAUAAACUUUAAAAGUUUACUGUGAUAUGAUAUUUGGUAACACUUUACUUAAAGCCUUUAUGUAUAAUGCAUUAUAAAAGUAGUUUUAAUGCAUUAAUUAUGCCUUGUAAUGCAACUUACAAUGAAUAAUUGUAACCACAGUUAUACAUUAUAACACUUAUCAAUUCAUUGUAACACUAUGCAUUUUACCCUUUAUAUACCCUUAUACCCUUUAAUAACCUUUUAUAAUGCGUUACAAAUAAAGGCCUUAAGUAAAGCGUUACCCUUUUUUUUCAAGAGUCUUUGAUGAAUAGAUAGUUCAAAAGCAGGAUUUUUCACUGACAAACAAGUUAAAAAGACUAAUUAAAAACUUAAGAAAAUUCUUCUUUCAAAAAAUCCUUGAAACAAGAUAAAACGACACAGCAUAAGACAUUAGGACCUGUUUUUAAAAAAAGCACAAAUGUAUUUUGUCUUACUGAACUAGUAGAUUUUUUAGUUUUAAGAAUAAAUGAGUUGAAACUCUUUAAUACUCACAUUAAAAAUACAUUGCUUUUAAUAUCUAAUGUAGUGCUAAUGUAAGUAAAUGAAUCUUGUUUUAAGGAUAUUCAAAUAUUUUUACCGAUAAGUAAAAAAACGAUUCAGUUCAGACGCAGCCUCCGUCUAGUUGGGUUUUUAGAGCAUGAGGGCUACUAAACACAUUCACCUCCCUCCUCCUCCUCCUCCUCCUCCUCCUCCUCCUCCUCCUCAUCUUCUCUGGAAGAAAUUAAAGCUUAGCUAAAGUGCUCAUAUCUCAUCUAGCAUUCUCAAGAAGCACCUUCGAUUACACCGACAUGACUUAACAAUCAGAUUCUGAACUGAUCUAUUAUGCGGAGGAACAUAGAGGGGUGCGCUCUGAUUGAACAGACGUCGUGCUCCUCAACGUUUUCUCCUCCGUGGCAAGGUCAGCGAGCCACGCAGCGCGCCCGCUCAAUCAGUAGGGUUAAUUAAGAGAAGAAACGAGAGCGCCUCUGGAUUGAUGCGCCUGUCGAAAUAGCGGGCAGCCUUUAUGAUGGCUGUUGUUAUUUUUUAAUUGUUAUCGGGGGCCAGUGUCGUCCGCCCAGCCAUAACAGAGGGAGUCAGAGAAUGAGUGACAUCGGAGGAGGAGAGCAAAGGCAUGGGUGUCAGUGAUUCACAUUACAAUAUUUCAAAAAAAUAAACAAAUAAGCCAUGCGUUAAAUAAAUGCACAUUGCAGAAAAGUUUUGGGAGGCAUAGACAGAAGAGCAGUGUUAGCUGUGUUCUGAGACCUAGCAAGAUUCCUACUUAGCAUUUGAAGGCUACUGAAAUGCAGUAAGAUAUAAUACCUUGUUUUGGUCAAAUUUUAAAGCAGGCCUACACUUUUCCAGGAUGUGGGCGAAUAAUGUUGAUUAUAAAUAUGUUUAAUUAAAUACCGUUAAAAACUGAUAAAAUAGUUCAAUCUAAUUAAAGAAUGACUAUUUUACCUAAUUAUUGUGCAUAUACUGCAAAAAUGAUUUCUUAAUGAGUUUUUAAUUAGUCUUUUUUAACUUGCUUAUCCGUAAAAAUUUUAAAAAUCCUUCCGGCAACACUACAAAAGACAUUAAAACUUAAGCGAAUGUAUUUUUAAUGAGUAUUAAAGAGUUUUAAAUCAUUUAUGUGUAAAAAAUAAAAUCUGCUAGUGCAACAUACACUUGUAUUAUCGGAAAUCAUAUACUAAUAUCUUCUACAGUGUUGUCUCUCAAUUAAUGUUAUCUUGUUUCAAGUAUUUUUGGAAAGACUAACUGGAGCACAAGACAAAAAAAGAAAAGAACACAUAAAAUACAUAAAAAAUAAACUUGUAUUCUUUAUAGUCUUAAUAUUUUCUGUCAUGCUGUUUUUCAAGUUAUCUUGUUUCAAGAAUUCUGAGAUAUUUUAACUGGAAAACCUGGCAAUUGUUUCCCCCACAAUUAUAAUUUUUUGACUUGCUUUUUAGUCACAUAUAUGUAAAAUCCUUAAAAGAAACUACCUGAGAAACACCACAUAAGAUAUUAUAGCUUGAAUGUAAUAUUACAGUAUUUUGUCUGUUCAUUAACUCAUUUAUGCUUAAAAUACUUACUGCCAGUGCAGUAAGACAAAAUACACUCCAGUUCUCAGAAAACAUUAAGCUGUGUUGCUUCUCAAGUAAUUUAAUCUUGUUUCAAGGAUUUUAUAUAUUUUAACUGUAAAACAAGACUAAAAGACUGUAUUUUUUGUGUAUUGGCAUAUCAUCCUGUUAGCUUAGCAACAUGCUAACAUCAAACUCAAAACAGUAGGCUAAGUCAAGUUGUAAUGCUUAUAGCACAACUUCACUAAUAAAGCUGGUUAACCAGCAUAAUCUUGCCUGGUUAAGCUAGCUAAUCCACCUGGGACCACCCAUGUCGUGAACCAGCGUUCAAAACAUGCCCAGUUCUGGAACAGAGCUAGAGAGACGGAUCCCACACUAAAUUAACCAUAACAAUUUCGCUGUUUGCUUGCGUGUGCCGCAUUACAACCACGACUUGGCCCAUACACAGAUUUGCUUAAUAUGAGUCUAACAUUUCCUCUGCGCCCAUCUGCGCCUGUGUACACAAGAGAAACCUGCCACGGCGAAUCCUCUGCGCCGAGCGCUAGAUUGCAGGGAGCAAGGGACAGGAAAAGAGAUAAACACACAAUAAGGGAUAAAGGGAUGGAGAAAGUGGAGGAGAGAGAGCGAGAGUAUGGGUUAGAGAAAAAAGCACUCCGGCGAGAGAGCUGCAAGCGUGAUGGAGAGAGAAAGAGAGGAGCGGGAAGAUUGCAGGAGAGAGAGAGAGAGAGGAGAGAGGAGAGAGAGGAGUUUACCCUGUAGGCUCAUAGCUUUAUUAUUAUAGUAUGCGGACACUGAUUUAUUUGGCGGCUGCAGGCACCCGUACUGAAACUCAUUUCAGUUGUACUGAUGUUGAUUCGCUCUCUCUCUCUCCUCUGGCUCUGCAUUGUGAGCCCACUGGACUGUGUGCCACUGUUUGUCACCCCACAAUGCACCAUCAAUUGCAUGAAAAUAAUCACCACUGCUAAUGUUUUUCUAAUGAAGAUGCCCAAAAUAGUCUGUAUUUAAUCUUCUUUUAUGGAGUGCACUUAUGUUUUUUUUUUCUUUUUUUCACAGCGCUGUAUUUUCGCUUUUAAUAAUGGCUUGACGGAUUUAUUUUGUCUUGUUUUGCAGUUAAUUUUAAUGAAACUAUCAACAAUGAGCACUCUACCCUACUUAAACGUUGCAGGCCCACAUGGAAUCAGCGGCUGCUGAUUUCUGGAGAAUUGGAACUUGUUUGUGUAUUAAAAUGCAAUCGUGUUUGCACACGGAUUGCGUAAAUUGCUUUCAAACAGGUCGCCCGAAGACUCUGCUAUUGGUCGGUAAAACUGAUAGUCCAGCCCAGGAUUCACAAAAAGAGAAAUGAUUUGAAUGGGCUUUUUUUGUGCCCAUCUACAGAUUGCUGGCGUAUAGUUGUCUCUGCAUAUUCAGCAUUCAACAUUUAAAUAUAAUUAAUUUCAACUAAUUUGGAGGUGAGUGUUAUUCCAUCUCCAAAUUUAAAGGUGCAGUCACACUUUAGGCUUUUAAUUUGGAAGGAUAAUUGAAACAAAUUCAGCUAUUUGUUGAACGUUUGUCAUUUUUUCACAAUGCAGUUGUCCGAUUUUAUAAAAGCACUCUUUAUUUAAUUUAACAUGCCACUUGUAUUCUUUGUAUUGAGAUAUGAGGUCAAUAAUGUUACAUUUACAUUUAUGUGUAUUGAUUUACAAGGCAAAAAAGGAUUUUCUAAACAAGUAUAUUUUUGUCUUAUGUUUUGAUAUUUGUACUGUAAAACAAGUUAAAAAUACUCAAAAAAAAAAUCAUUUUUUGUGGUGUACCAGACAGUUAUUUUAAUUUUUUUUUCCAAAGUGACUUACAAAUGAGAAAUACAAAACAAGCAAACAAUGUUUUUGGUGAAAAAUCUUUUCACUAUACAAAUUUGCAGGUCAGAGUUGACCAAAUAUGAGUUUUGUAUGCAUCAUCGGCUGAAUCAACUAAUCAACAAAGAAUCAGGAUUGAAUAGAAGUGACUGGUGUAGCUUGACCACAACCACACACAUUUUUACCAUGCAUUUACCUCCAAU